CCUUGUAGUGUCAAGCGAAAGAUGAAAGAGGAUGAGACGGCAGUCUGGUGUCAUUUGAUAAAAGGUGAUCCGUAGUUGUUAUCGUAGAACGAGAUAGCUUGAUAUAUUUGCAAUGCUGUGGGACUUAAUCUGAGAACUGGCGCAACGAGACACUCUAGGCAAAGAAAGGAAGAAAGCAGACACCGUUCUACUUGUACAUAGGAAAGUUAAUAAUUAACUGUACAAAUUUUUAUACUGUUUAUAAUGUAAAGUUCAGUGUGGAAUAUUAAGUGAUAAUUUUAUGAAAAAAGUUCAACUUUGAUGGGAAUGAAAUUCACUAUGGAUCGCUGGCACUGGACGAUAAAUGUUGUGAGCUUGUAUUUAUGUUUACUAUACACAGUAGUUGUAGCACUGACAGAUACCAACUCUGAGCAGGUUCUUUUAAGAAAUUCAAAGUCAGUGAAGUUCAAAGAAUCUCUACAUCCUAUGUUCACCCAGAACUCAUUUCAAGCAGCUCAUCGCCAUACUAGUACACAUGGCAGGCAAAAAAUACAUAAACCCACUAUAAUGGCUCAUACAGGUGCUGAUGUUGACAGAAAAGAAUUAGACGUUAAUUCUGAACAGGUGCUGCAAUAUCAUGACAGUCUUUCAUUGUUUUUAUAUAAUCAGAAGCAUAAUCGCCAUCAAAUUCAUUUUAAGCAUAAAAAUAGCUAUGGUCCAUUAAUGAAAACUCAACUUAGACAACACUUUGAAGCUAUUGGAGACAGAACUAGACCUUCAUCUAAAGACAUUCAAUCAAACGCGGACAGCAGGUAUUUCUCGAAGAAGGACAAAAUUUCACAUUUUCAUGGUGAUACAGAACUUGAAAGACCAAAGAAAAGUAUUUCACCUGCUAACAGUAAAUGGCAUGAAAUCAAGCUAGUACACACAGAAAACAUUUCCUCAAGUAUUUCUCAGCCAGCUAAUGAAUUUGAAGAUGAAUCAUCUUUGGUUAAAAGACACAGCAGCUCAGGACAAGGAUUUAAACUUCAGUUGUGGAAAAGUAGACAUCUUGUGAAUGAAGCAGUGAGGGAGAGCAAUGUAGUGGGCAGAACAACAAGUGACCAUAACUUAGCCGGUCAACCUGGCCAGGGGUACUAUAUAGAGGUCAGCAUUGGGUCCCCACCACAGCAAUUAAAUGUGUUGGUAGACACAGGAAGCAGUAACUUUGCAGUGGCAGCAGCUCCCCACCCGGAUAUCAGCAAAUAUUUUGAUAAAUUAAGUUCCUCCACAUAUCAAGAGAAUGGCACAGAGGUCUAUGUGCCCUAUACACAGGGACAUUGGAGAGGGCCACUGGGAAAUGACAUCAUCAAGUUUCCAAGUAUGCCAAAUAUUACAGCCAGAGCCAACCUUGCCCUCAUUACCAACUCCAACAAAUUCUUCAUCAACGACUCCAACUGGCAGGGAAUUCUGGGAUUAGCUUACGCAGAUAUAGCACGGCCUGAUGCUUCAGUGCAGCCCUUCUUUGACUCCCUAAUCCUGCAGAACACUGCCAGCAUCCAGAACCUGUUCUCCCUGCAGCUGUGUAGCACUAUAGAGUCCAAAGAUACAGAAGAGAAAGGAAUGGGAGGAACACUGAUUAUAGGUGGAGUGGAUGACGGUCUGUACAGAGGAGAGUUCUACUGGGCUCCCAUGCACAGAGAGUGGUAUUACGAAGUCGUCAUCACGGACGUCAUGGUCAACAACGCCAGUCUGGGCAUGGCUUGUGUGGAGUAUAACACAGAUAAGACUAUAGUAGACAGUGGAACCACCAACCUUCGACUCCCGACCAAGGUGUACCACCAGCUGGUAAAGGUCAUCAGUAAACAACUGAAGCCCAUAGACCCCCUCCCUCCACCAGAUUUUUGGACAGGCCAGAAAAUGUUGUGCUGGUCAGAUGACCAGGUGCCCUGGUCAUCUUUUCCUGUUAUCUCGUUAGCUCUGGCCAAUUCUCAGGACUCCUCCAUUGUACUGACAAUUUCACCACAGAUGUACCUAAGAGCAGUUGACAACCUGCCAGGCGAUGGAUGUUACAAGUUCUCAGUGGCGCCCUCUAAUACCGGCAGUGUAUUGGGUGCUGUGGUAUUAGAAGGCUACUAUAUUGUGUUUGACCGGGGAAAUAAAUCUGUAGGGUUCGCUGAAACCACAUGCAACCCAAGAACUAAGGAAAUACCACCUUCUAAAGUACAUGGCCCAGUGUCAACAGCCAACACACAGCAGUGCCAAUAUGUAAAACCUGAAGCAGGUACGCCCCCUAUGGUCAUCGUGGCCUACGUAAUGGCUGGAAUCAGCGGCAUUUGCAUACUUCCCCUCCUCAUUCUUAUACUACAGUGGAAAAUCCAACAGUGUCGGAAGCAAAAGCAGACCGUCACAGAUAUACAAAGCUUGAUGGCAGCUGAGGACUAGAUGAUGUAGACAGGAAUAGAACUGGUUGUGUCUUGACAAGUGCUGCCCUCUUUUGCACAAUAAGUUUAGAGUUCAAAACUGGGAACAGCAUAAAAUAUUGUCUGGCAGUUUUGUCUGGGUCAAAAGUAUUUAUUUUUUUAUUUAUUUAUUUAUUGUAUUUUUCCUACAACUUUUUUAUAUUUUAGUGUCAAAAAGUAGUGUUAUCAGUUGAUUUGUUAAAUAAAAUCAGCAGUGCAGAUUUGUAUUGGCUGUGUCAUGUGUUGAGCUGCAGUCUGGACACUUUGGGGUGGGGGCAUUGUUAGCUGCAUAGUUUUUUCUUUUCUGAACCAAUUAAACUAAUCUAAAUGGGGAAUCAAGAGAAGGGUUGAUUAUUGUCUUUUGGUGGAAAAUUAAUUUUUAGCAUGCCCCAGACUAACUUUUCAAGUUGUUUUCCGUACUUGAAAUGAAAAGUUUAUCCAAGAUUUUCUUGUUUGUUAAAGUAAUAUUUAUACAUGUGUUUUGAUUAUACAUGUAUCCAAGUGUUUUGAUAGUCUUUUUUUAAAUGAAAAGGGUAUUAUUCCAUAAAAUACUUAAUUUCUGCAUUAGUAUAUCUGAUAUAAGUAUCCAAAGAAAAUGUAUUCCUUUUUAUGCUUAUUUUAUUGUAGUAUUUUCACCAUUUUUCAAAAAAAAAAAAA